GCACACUGGCUUGCACAUCGUCAUCAGAAAGAGAUAAAACGCGAGGACAUGGCUGGAGAGGAUCUGAUUGCCCAAUUCCAGGGGCUCGGUAUGAGCGAGCAGAAGGCGAAGGAGACUUUGAAAAAUGCAAACGUGACUAAGAACCUCCAAUUAGCAUUGGAGGUGGCGGGGAGCGCUUCCCUGUCUGAUGGCACCGGCAUGUUGAUCUACCACAUGGCCACCAAGCUGAAGCCACAGACCGCAGAGCAACUGCCUCUUCUGGUACGUUACAUCGUGGAGCGCAAACUAGACAACACGCAGCGCGUGGAUGCCGCACUGGAAUACGUUCUGAAGUGUGGUCAAAACCUGAAGGCCAAUAUCGAUAUCCAGGCGCUGGAAAAAGAGUGCGGCGUGGGAGUAGUAGUCACUCCGGAGCAGAUCGAGCGCACUGUGCAGGCAAAGAUCAAGGCCAACUACAAGGAAUCCUUACUGGAGCAGCGCUACCACUUCAACUCAUUUAAAAUUCUGCAGGACGUCCGGAGCGAGCUUAAAUGGGCGGAUGCAAAGUCCGUGAAGGCUGCUAUUGAUGUAGAGAUCUUCGAUCUGUUGGGUCCCAAGACUGAGGCGGAUCUUAAGCCUUCCAAGGCAAGUGAUAAGCCAAAAGCAGCAAAGCCCAAGCCUGAAGCAACUGCUAACUCUCAAGCCACUGAAGCAGCGUCUGAUGGGGCUACUACAAUUGCCGAGCUAAUGAAGACCAAGGUUCACUUCCACGCUCCAGGAGAGAAUUUUAAGGCCGAUGGCUAUGUAGUCACCGAAAACACGGAGCGUCUUCUCAAGGAGCAUUUGGCUAGGACUGCAGGAAAAGUUCACACCCGGUUCCCACCGGAACCAAAUGGCAUUCUGCAUAUCGGUCAUGCCAAGGCUAUUAACAUAAACUUUGGUUACGCGGCUGCUCACGAUGGAGUCUGUUAUCUGCGCUAUGACGACACCAACCCAGAGAAAGAGGAGGAGAAAUUCUUCUUGGCCAUCAAGGAGAUGGUGGAGUGGCUGGGUUACAAACCAUACAAGAUCACCUACUCCUCGGACAACUUCCAGCAGCUGUACGAGUGGGCUGUGGUCCUAAUCAACAAGGGAUUAGCCUACGUGUGCCACCAGAAAGCGGAGGAGCUUAAAGGGUUCAACCCAAAACCGAGUCCUUGGAGGGAGCGUCCCAUUGAAGAGUCCCUACGGUUGUUCGAAGACAUGAAGCGCGGAAAGAUCGACGAGGGAGCGGCCACGCUACGUAUGAAGGUGACCUUGGAAGAGGGCAAGAUGGACCCAGUGGCAUAUCGCAUCAAGUUUAUUUCUCACCACCGCACGGGGUCCGACUGGUGCAUUUACCCCACUUAUGAUUAUACCCAUUGUCUUUGCGACUCCCUUGAGGACAUCACCCACUCUCUGUGCACCAAGGAGUUUCAAUCGAGACGGUCAUCGUACUACUGGCUGUGCAACGCCCUGGGUAUCUAUUGUCCGGUGCAAUGGGAAUACGGCAGGCUGAACAUGAACUACGCUCUCGUUUCGAAGCGUAAAAUUGCCAAGCUGAUCACGGAGCAAAUUGUUCACGACUGGGACGAUCCGAGGCUAUUCACUCUUACGGCCCUGAAAAGGCGUGGUUUCCCAGCUGAGGCUAUUAACAACUUCUGCGCCCAGAUGGGCGUCACUGGAGCUCAGAUAGCCGUGGAUCCCGCGAUGCUAGAGGCAGCAGUGAGAGAUGUGCUCAAUAUCACAGCUCCACGCCGCUUGGUUGUUUUAGAACCACUCAAAGUUACCAUCAAGAAUUUCCCGCACUCGUCCCCCCUCCAACUGGAUGUACCUGAUUUUCCCCAGAACCCACAACUGGGAUCGCACAAGAUUACCCUGGACAAGGUGAUCUAUAUCGAGCAAGGAGACUUCAAGCUUGAGCCCGAGAAGGGGUACCGCCGUCUGGCGCCGAAACAAUCCGUCGGUCUACGCCACGCAGGUCUCGUCAUCACCGUAGAAGAGGUUGUGAAGAAUCCGUCGACGGGUGAAGUGGUGGAACUUAUCUGCACUAGCCAGUCUGCAGAUCAGGCCGAGAAGCCAAAGGCCUUUGUCCAGUGGGUAUCGCAGCCGAUUCAACUAGAGGUUCGCCUCUAUGAGCAACUCUUUAAGCACAAGAAUCCCGAGGAUCCAAACGAGGUGCCCGGGGGCUUCCUAAGCGAUAUAAGCGAACAGUCCAUUUCGGUGGUGGUGGCAUUUGCAGAUCAGGCGCUCAACAAGGCUAAGGUGUACGACAAGUUCCAGUUCGAGAGGAUCGGCUUUUUCUCCGUGGACCCAGACACCACCACGAACCAUUUAGUUUUCAACCGCACAGUGGGCCUCAAAGAGGAUGCGGGCAAAAAGUGAUUAGCGUACCGGACUGCCAGGACCCACAGAUAAAAGAAACAAACUCCGUAUCACAUUAAAAUUCGAUUUAUAAAAUCA